UUCCACCCACUGAAAAUAAGUUGCACAAUAACAACAGAAGUGGAAAAACGAUGUAAGAGACAUUCCAUAAAAUUCCCAUACUCGUUGUUUGAUAAGCCCAAAGGUUGGGUGAAGAGCUGUUUACCAUCAAACUAAUAGAGCUGGGACACAAAGAAAGAAACAGACAAUGUGAUACAACUUCAGUCAAAGUAAAAACACUCAAUCAAGCAUAGACUUACUGACGAAGUCUGGAGACACUGAAUACCUAAAAAAAAACUAUGUCUGAGAUCCUACGGUCAAACCUGGAGCUGCUAGAAGACAGACCCUCCAAAACCAGCGGGGUGACUGCUGAACCCCAAACCCCAACAUGGGGGGCAGAGGGGGAGAAGGUGAUUAAAGAAUUGGGAAGGGAAGGAGUGGUGGAGGAGGAAGACGAAAUGGUUAGCUCGGCUAAAUUGGAGCCUACCACUCUGCAGUGGCCGGGUGACAGGGAUGUAGAGAAAGCAACAAAGAACGGAAGUGCAUUGACUGUGAAAGAAGAUAAGGGAAGGGGAAAGGGGGAUGACCCUGAGGGAGAGAGGAGGAGCGUGCACUCCAUGUGCACCUCUCUUCAAGGAGGAGGAAGCCGGAUGGAGGGCGAGAGAGGGCUGGGUUUGGGAGUGGAGAGAAUGAGAACGGGGGAAGAAUGGAUGGAGAGAGAGGUGCAGCACCCAGGGCUGUGUAAGAGUGGGAAGAAGGUGCAGGUAGAGAUAGAGGUGGAAGAUGGUAUGAACUCUUUGCCAGAGAAGGCAGCACAGGUCUUCAACCCAUCUGUCACCAUCCUACACUCCUCUAGUGCUCCGACAUCUCCCAGAGAAAGGGAGGCAUUCUGGGAUGUGGACGCAGAGAAGAGUCUCCUCCUCGUUCCCCAGGGAACCCCACCUGAUGGCUACUACCACGACUGGCCAGUGGGGGGGGGGUCCUCAAAAUGUGGGUGUGACUGUGCCAACAGGGAUGCUCUCAAAGUGGGGGUGUCUGUGUUCACUGCAGCUCUGAUUUUCCCCCUCCUAGUGUGGGGGGGUUAUGUCUUCCUGCCUUUUGAUGCCCCCCUGCUGGACAGUGCCCCCCUCAGGCUGGUCUACACACUGCGCUGCUCUGUCUUCGCUGUGGUGCCCAUCAUACUGGGCUGGAUGGUGCUGGGUGUCUCCAGGAUGCGGUUGGGGGAUGUGAAGCCGCUGUGUGAGAUGGAGGCCGGGGAGGUGGGUGUGCACCGGCGCUAUGUGGAUGACUCCGUUACCCUCUUCCUGCUCUACUUCCUGCAGCUGGCCGUAAUGGCGCCCUACCUGAGCCAGGACCUGCUCAAACUGGUGCCCCUGCUCACCAUCAUCUUCGCCUUCGGCAGGCUGAUGUACUGGGUAGCAGCUGCACUGGGCAGCAGUGUUCGGGGCUUUGGCUUCGGCCUGUCCUUCCUGCCCACCGUGGCCAUGCUGGGUGCCAAUCUCUACUUCAUCUUCACCAUGGAUGCUGGGGGCACCAUCUUUGCCCAGAAUGUGAUUCACCAACAAGACCAACCCCCAGCCUCCCGCCAGAGGUUCUGGGGAUAGGGGGAUGGAGUAAAGACCGAAGGAAUGGAAGGAUGGGGAAGAGGGACAGGAUUUGUUUUACCUACUGGUGGAAUUUAACUUUCAAAUGGUUACUAUGUAAACGGUAGUGGAUCGUGCUAGUGUGAUUAAACCACAUUGAUGAUGUGUAGAAUAGACUGGGCAGUGGUAGUCAGUGAUAGAGCAUGUACAAACAGUUAUUGGAGAAAGUUUCUACGUAAUAAUUCAUCUUCUUGCAUGGCAUUAUACCGUCACUAGUGAAACAGUAGAAUGUAUUCUGUAGAAGAUUUGCUAAUUGACAGCUAAGUACCAUGGAAUAAUGUUGAAAUCACAAUUGUCUCAAUGCAAAGAGUUUGUAGAUCCACACAGAAUUGUGCCACUUGGAAGUUUUGAAAAUAACCAAACCACUGUUUUCCUCAGAAAUAUCUAGCUAGGCCUGUUGCAGAAAAAUAGUUUGCUGAACUGUACUGUUUGACAAGUAUAUCUGUACUCUACUGUAUUGCAUUUGGUUAUGAAUCUGGUAUUACAAGCUAAUAACAAUUACAUUGACAUUUGGGACAUUUAGAGAAACUGAGACUUGCUAUAGACUUCUUAGUCAAUUUCCUCUUGAAAAUGUUCAAUAUAACCAAUCAUGUUCUGUGAAAAGGUCAUCGACUACUGAGUGGACAUUUAGUCUCAUCUUCAUGACUGUAUUGCCUUUUAAAAGGACAUCCACACAUAAGCAAUGUCAUAACAGCUAACAAAUAAAUGAAAGAAUUGAUUUAGUACAAAGAUUUUGACAUUGAGAACCAUUUCACAGCAUUUUGUGCCCCCCCCCCCCUCCCCAAAAUGUCAGUGACCUUAUAGAAAUCCAACAAGUACCUACCUGCCCAGGUGGCCCAACCUCCAUGCCUUUAUCUCUGAAAACUAAUCCUUUCACAAUACACAGCCCUGUAAGGGUGAAUGGAGUUGUUACUGUAUUUUAAAAUGUUAUGUAUGAAAUCUGAUUUUUACAGUGAUGUUUUUAUUGGCCUUUCAUUUGUGAAGCUGACAUUUCUAUUGUUUUGAAAGCCUUUUAGUGACCAAUAAAAAUGAACAAGCAUUUAAGGUA